UAAACACAGAGAGGGCUCCAAUGACCACAAUAAACUGACUUCUACAUGGAGAGAAUAGAUAGAAAACGUGUAUCACUGAGUGGAGUAUUGGAGAUAGAGAGACGGUCAAAAUGGUCUAUACCCCGGCACUGGUCCUCGGACACGGAAUACCGAUUGUGUCUGAAGAGGAUAACAUUGUCGAACUGAUGAGAAAGUUUCUCUGUCAAAUCACUUCGAGCGACAAAAAAUAUGUGCGCCGAGGCAGCAUUGAAAGUUCCGAAUUCAUCAAGGAAAUAAACUCAAGUCUGGACUCUGAAACGGCUCUCGACUGUGAAGAGAGAACACUCCAUCAGGACAUGACCAGGCAGAUAGUGCGUUGUCUCUCUGAAGCUAAAGAAUCCAGUCUGCGGUGCCGGAUACUACUGCUUCCCCGCACGCUGACUGCCAAUGUUGCCUUGGAUGUGGUGCGUUCCUCAGCGGGAGAGCCGUGCGGGCUCCGUGGGGCCUUCAUACAGGUCUAUUUGGAGACACAACUGGGCCAACAGCUGCAAAUGCUGGGCACUAUAACACCCGACCCGACUGUCACUCCUACUUUCGAGCUGUCCGUCGUGUUCAAGCUGGACAAAGACUGUUGGCCGCUUCUCAAGCACAUAUUCGUUACCGACAAUGUGUUGAAACUACGACCCGAGUACCGACUGGUCAAGAAGAAAUUGUAUUCCUCUGCGAGCCCCGUCAUACAUGAGUUCUGCUGAGACAAUUUCUUAUCAGGAAUCAACAUGUGGCCUAUAAUUCUCCACAUUCCAGUUAGGAGAAAAAGCUGUUGCACCACUGUCUUUUUGCAGUGUACUAAAUAUAUGUUAGUGUACACUACUGUAUUGGAGAGUUGACAUCAAAUGAAUGUUUUGCACUGGAAUAUCACUGAAGAACGGUCAGUUCAAUUGUGAAAAGAGAUCAUUUUGUAUUGUUUUAAAAAGGAAUUGAUACCCUAUGUUUUGUACUACAAUCUAACUCUGACAGGUUUUAUUUUUUUGUGCACAUUUCUGUUUGACACAAUUGCUUGAUUGUCUUUUGUAAAACCAUGGAAAUCUCAUGCUGGCUGUGGAAGCAAGCUAGUGUUGCCCCUUAGCCUGUCUGACUGUUGCAGUAUUUUUAAACAGAGAAAUGUGAAUGUUUUUGCACAGUAUUCUUUUCAGGGUUGCCAUACUCUUUCAAUCAAAACAGCUGUCAGAAUCACCAAUGAUUAGUCUAUACCCUAAGAACUGAAGGUCUCAACUUAGGUCUGUCAAAGUUACGGACACUUCCAUUGUUUGCAAUUCUCUUACUUUUAAUAAACAGUUGAACAACAAAACAUACAAAUGGGGGAAAAAAAUAAAACUGUACAUAAAGUUCAA